AUGCCCAAACGCAAAGCGACCUCCCAAAUUUCUGGGCUGCUUGGCUCAGAUGAUGAGGAUUUAAUGCAGCUAAACAAAGAAGAUCCACAAGCAGAGCCUCCUGCCAAAAAACGAAGAGGUCGACCGCGUACUUCCGACGAGAGCGCGCCCGAAACAAAGCCCGUCAAGUCUACACGAGCGAAGAAACAACCGGCUGCUGUGACAGAACUGGAAGCUCCCGCAGAAAGGAAAUCCACCCGCCGAGGACGACCUAAAGGAAGUGGCCGCGCAUCGCAGGACGCCGUACAGGCUGCCGAGGAAGAAGCAGAGGACCUAGAGCCGGCCAACGACACUACACAAGACCAGGAGAACGAAGACCCUGAGGACUCAAAGACCACACGGAAGCCCGCGAGAACUACAAAGGCCAAGGCUGCACCCGCUGCCAAACGUGGACGAGCAACAGCUCGUGCGGGGGCAGCGAAAAAACUCCAAGUAGACGAUGAAUUUGAAUAUACUCCCAAAACAGCUCGACAAGCAAGCGUCCCAGAGGACAACGAAGAACAACCUGAGCCCAGUCCAGUUCCUCGUGCAGCAGCUCCCGGGAGACGGAACACCGAGGUGGAGGAGACACAACAGAUUGCAGUAGAAGAGUCGGUCUUCCCCGACCCGACUCGCCGCUCCAUGUCCCCACAGAAACAUCGCAGCUUCCGGCCAUCCCUGCUUCGCAAUCCACAAGACUCUCCUAAUAAGCGCAAAUCCGACUUGGAACAGGGUGGUGACCCGGAGCUGAGGCGCAGGCUCGGCGAGCUUACCAAGAAGCAUGACGCAUUGGACAUCAAAUACCGCAAUCUCCGUGAGAUCGGAAUCGUGGAGGCCAAUGCCAAUAUGGAGAAGCUGCGCAAGCAGAACGAAGCUAUCACCAAAGCAUCAAAUGAAUUGGUCGCCUCAUUGAGGGCUGAGCUGGAUGCUCAGCGUAAGUUAGGAACGCAGAGCCGCGGACUCACCAAGCAGCUCAAGGACCGCGAUGCAGAAAUAACUCGACUCAAGACCAGUGCCGAUGAGACACACGCACAGCUUGCCUCUGCACAAUCUGAAACUAAGGCGCUGCAUACCAAGCUCGCAGCAGCCCGCAACACAGCCGCCAGUCUUGAGGGUGCCUCCAAGGUCCCUGGCAGCGCCAUCAAGGGUGGCCCGGCCAACCGCGCGAAUGCCGCUGCCAACGCUGAAGCGGCACAGGCAGCCCAACUUGCCCAGCUCAAGGAAGAUCUAUACAGCGACUUGACAGGACUGAUCAUCCGUGAUGUCAAGGACAAGGAUUCCGACCAUGUCUACGACUGUAUCCAGACUGGAAUCAAUGGAACUCUUCAUUUCCACUUGGCCGUGCCAAAGGCAUCCGCCGACUUUGACAACACAGAGUUCCAAUACUUGCCCCUCCUCGAUGCCAAUCGUGAUCGUGACUUGGUGAACAUGCUACCCGACUUCUUGACGGUGGAUAUCACCUUCAAACGUGGACAGGCUGCCAAGUUCUAUACGCGCGUCAUUGAUGCCCUGACCAAGCGGCGAUCGCUUGCAGCGUAA